GAAAUACAAUUCAGAGAAGAUCGCGGGGAUGUGGUGAUGUCUAGAAAUGGGAAGGAGAAGGUGAAGAGUUUAUGUGCUCUACUUUUGCACCAGGUGGAGUCGGACACUUCUUUCAGUUCCAGUACCAGUGAGGCCGGCGUUGCAAGCAUCUGCUUUCCUGUUGCUGCCCUGACCUAGCUCUCCUCCCCUUCCACAUCGACGCAUGGACGCGCCGCCGAAUCUGCUUGCUCAGAAUUCCGUUGAGGAGGAGAAUCAGGAAAAUCGACUCUCUCAGCUACCCAAUGAUGGAGCUACAGAAUCUUCACCCGGUUUUUCAGCAGAGGAAGUAAGAAGUGCAUUGGAAACAAGUGCAUCAACAGGGAAAUUUUGGACAACUAACGGAACUCUGCAAUCUCACUCAGCAUUUUUGUCAAGGUUGGACUGGGAAAAGUUGAGGAGUGUUCUGUCUUACUCUCUUAAGCAGGUCCUCUCAGAAUAUCCUGAGGCUAAAAUGACCACUGAGCAGCAGAUUUCCACAUUAGGAGAAACCUUCGAGGAGUUGGUGAAAAGAUUGGAUGAUGCACUUUAUUGCUUCUACGAGGGCCCUCCAUUCACUUUGCAAAGGCUUUGUGAGAUCCUGUUGACUGCAAGAAGUAUCUAUCCCAAACUAUCCAAGCUUUCUUUGGCUCUAGAAAAGAAUCUAUUGGUCACAUCUGCAUUGACAAAAUCAACCGAUCAAUCUGCGCCUACAACGAUACAAAAUUCUAAUGGAUCCUUUCAAGAAAGUCACAUUACCCAGCAGCCUCAGAGCAGUUCAGUGGAAAAUGGAGUUGAACCCUCAAUAGGUGACAAGGAUGAAGUAAUGGCUGAGGCACAAGAAGCUGAAGUUGACGACGAAGCAACAGUUAAAAUGGAAACAACUGAAGAAGAAGUCAAAUCCUCUGAAUCUAAUCCCACUCCAAUGGUUGAUUCAUAGCUCACAAGUACAAGUGGCAAAUGAUACUUGCUCUUGUUUAAGGCUCCAUUGAGGUUAGUCAGUUUGUACUCUAGGGGGAGACACCAUUGUUUUCCACAAGCCCCAAACCAGUCGAUAAUGCCUCUUUAUCAGGCACCGGCCAAUAUGGUAUUCGCCCCAUUUUGAGCUUCAAGUUCCCUGGAAAGUUUGGCCCCUAUGAAGCUUAUUAAUGGAUCAAAUCUAAGUUUUCCUAGUCCAUUUUUACCUUACAUUCUCUAUUAGUCUCCUCUCUACAAGGCAUCGUGUUUGACGCUCACGUUUGCAUUUGCUAGCUUGGGCGAAGAGAAAUAAUCUACGAUCCAAUAAAUGAUACCAAAUGUGUGGUAGGGAGUUUAUCAAAACCAUUUACAUUUGAGGCAACGGCAUCACCUAUUUUCCAAAGGCAUCAAUAGAGAGAGAUGGAUACUAAACAAAAUGGUAGAAGCCUUUGUACAUAUUAUCAUUACCUCCUAAGCUUUUCCGGCAACGCAUGGUUCAUGACUUCGACUACAUCGCCGUCUUUCAGCAACGUGUUGGGGAGUACGAGUUGCCCGUUUACGGAAACAAGCCUCCCUUCGAGUCCUAUCCUCGUAGCAGCGUCUGCAGCCGUGCUCCCAUUCCUCAGCCUCAUUAU